CUAACACACUACCAUUUCUCUACUUAGUGUUUAUUUUGCCAUUUUUCAGAUUCAUUAGUUUAGUUUUAUAACAACAAAAGAUAUCAUUUCAUCUUUUGUACCAAAUAAAGAACCCAAAAAGAAAAGAGAGAAAUAUGAGUCAAGAACAACCAUCUAGACCUCAAGCUGCUGAUGAAGAGCAAGAGCUGCAAGAGCAACAGGCUGUGAAACCUAGUGAUGAUAAUGUUGCGUCCAAGACUGCUGUCCUAUCUCAUUUGUCACAGAACAUUGGUGGUGGUCAAGAUGCCCAAAAGACUCAACGGAAUCCACUCCAAUCAGGCGCUUCUGAAUUGAAGGGAAGCAUCACAAUUGGGGAAGCACUUGAAGCCACCGUCCUGACGGCAGGGCACCGGGCGGUGGACUACAGUGACGCGGCCGCGAUACAAGCUGCGGAGGUGAGAGCAACGGGCCGGACCAACAUAGUCCCCGGUGGUGUUGCCGCGGCGGCUCAGUCCGCGGCGACUCGUAAUGCUCGUGCUACAAGGGAAGAGGAUAAAACUAAGCUGGCUGAAGUUCUGUUGGAGGCAAGCAGCAAAUUGCCGGCAGACAAGCCGGUUACUCGCCGCGAUGCCGAGGGGGUGAUCGGUGCAGAAUUGAGGAAUGACCCAAACCUAUGCACCCGUCCAGGUGGAGUGGCAGCUUCUUUGGCAGCAGCGGCUAGGCUUAACCAAACUAUGAUGAACCAAAAAAAUGAGAAAAGCUAAUUAAGAAAACCAUGCAUAUCCAUCUCAAUCCAUUACUAUAACUAUUAAUUUGUACUUCUAGUUUGUUAAGGGAAACAAAGGAUUCAAACUUUAGCCUAACUGGCUAAUUAUUUAAGUGUGUUGAUUUAUUGUUUGUAGAAACUUUGAUUUCCUGGCGAUUGUUGCCAAUUCCUCCUUGUAGAUCUGUUUCUCUUUUCCUUCAAACAGAAAGAAUAUAUUUGGUCUAUGCA